GAACCAUUGAGUGAAAAGAAACAGCCUUAGUCGAUCUUAAAGUGGUUACUUUAUAUACUUUAUUAAUUUUCUAGGAACGCAAACCGCGCGUGUCUGCUAGGAUCGUGCUGCUCCAUCUGGAAUUUCUGUUGUGAAGGCUGUCGACGCACAGGUGGUAAAAGGAGAAUUGACUGUCGUGAGAGGGCGUCUAGCUGUCGGGUCCACUUGCAUGGGCCACUGACGGCCCACUAUGAGUGGGGAGCCAGACGCCCUGGUCGUGGUCAAGCAGCUGCGGGACCUGGCCGCCGACCCCCUCAACAGACGCGCUAUUGUCCAGGAUCAGGGCUGCCUUCCCGGCCUCAUCCUCUUUCUGGAUCACUCCAACCCCCAGGUGGUCUACUCUGCACUGCUGGCUGUGCGCUACCUGGCAGAAUGCCGUGCCAACAGGGAGAAGAUGAAAUCAGAGCUGGGCAUGAUGCUGAGCCUACAGAAUGUCGUGCAGAAAUCUACCACACCUGGGGAGACCAAGCUGUUAGCUUCUGAGAUCUAUGAGAUCCUGCAAGCAUCUGGCGGUGCUGACGAGCAGGUGGAUGAGGGCGUCACCUGCAGGCGGAAGGCCCAGUUCUUUUUGGGAAGCAGCAACAAACGUGCCAAAACCGUGGUGCUGCACAUUGAUGGCCUUGAUGACUCGAGCCGUAGGAGUCUCUGUGAGGAAGCACUAUUGAAGAUCCGUGGAGUCAUCAGUUUCACAUUCCAGAUGGCUGUCAAGAGGUGUAUCGUGAGGAUCCGAUCAGACCUAAAGGCUGAGGCCUUGGGUUCUGCUAUUGCCUCCACCAAAGUCAUGAAAGCCCAGCAAGUCAUCAAGAAUGAGGAUGGGGAUGAAGUGAUGGUCCCAUUUCCGGAGGAUGGCCCAGCGGUCGUGGAGCAGAAUACAGACCUGCCAGACUACCUUCCCGAAGAGGAGAGCCCAUCCCAGGAGCCGGACAAGGCCGUGUCCCGUGUCAGCUCCUCAGAAGACCGUGUGGGCUGGCUCAGCACUGCUGCCAACUUCCUGUCCCGCUCCUUCUAUUGGUGACACUGCAGCAGUAAGGCCAUUCCCCAAGCUACCCCCCCCCCCCCCAGGCCACACCUUAUCUCUGAACUACCCACCAGAGUGCUGGACUGCCAAGUGCAAUUCACAACAAAAUAACAGCAGAACCAGGCAGGCGCAACAGUGUGUGAGCUCGCACACACACACACACAUACACACACACACUUUCAUAUUCUCACAUUCUACACAUACUCUUUCUCACACACACACACAUUGACAUAGUUACACUUGCACAACCCCAUACUGUAAUUGCGCUAUAUGAAAUCAAAGCCAUCAGACAAACAGUGAGAACUGGCCUCAUGUCUGGUUUCUUAAUGAUGUUCCUUUGGUGUCUUAUUUUAUUUAUUUAUAUAUUUUUUUUUAGGGGCUUUCAGGUUGUUACACGGGUUCAUGUCUCUCAAACCAAACCACUCUGUGAUGCAGUGCUUUAUGGUGCGAGAUGUGUAUAGUGAAAUCUGGACAAGUGCGACUCUGGUGCAAAGUGGAGUCGCAGCCUCUUGUCCAUAUUCACUUUUUUUCUAAAAUGUUUGCUAAAGUUAUUGUUUUGUUUUUGACUGUUCGACAGCUCUUCAGGGUUCUGUUGUUGCCUUGUUGUUUGCAUUU